AUAAAAACUCUCUCAUCCUUCCUUCCCAACUCACUCUUUGAUUCAUUACACUGUCCACUCUGCACCUCAGUGCCAGCUUUCUCCAACCCUAAAACGUAACCGACCACUUUCCUCUAUAAAAAAGCCCCCACCCAUCUUCCUCCCCAACCAAAACCCGCGUUCCCUUCUUUCUUUCUUUCUCUUUUUUUUCACCUGCCAAAACCAUUCGCUUUGCCAAUUUCUCCAACAACUUCGCUCUUCACUCCUCCAUUUCAAUCCGAUUAAUGCCCCUCUAAUCUUAUCAAAUAAUACACUGCUAGCUCCCAAUCAUCAAAUCAUAAUCACUCAACCCCCUCUCGACUUGUCUCUACUAUAAUUUCUCCGUAUCUUUUGACAUCUUUUUCGUUUUGAUUUUUUUUUUUCCUUUUCGUGUCUUGUUUCCCUUCUUUGAUUCAUUCAUCAUUUCUUUUGUCGUCUCAAAUCGGGGAAAAAAGUAAUUAAACAAAUCAAAUUCAUUUUGGAGAAAAACUGCUGAGUUUUUUUUGGUUUCCCCGCAUCGCCUCCUCGGUUCCAAUUGGCCUUGUUAAAUUCCAGAUUUUGAUCUUCGCCGAUCUUCAGCUGGAUCGCCUUGAUUUGGCUCGUUCAUAUAUGGUUGCCUGCUGCUUGUGAAUAGAUAGAUAUAAGGCAUAUGUACAGAUAUAAAUAAACAUAGGCGGAGGUACAUUAAAAAGAAAAAAGAUAAAACGGAUUAUACAUAAUUAAUUCCAUAAGAAACAGGGCUAGACUUUGGAAAUCACAGCAUCUCGGAGCUGAUCAGUGCUAGUUUAUCAGGAGGCUUCUUUUUGUGGAUUGAUUAAAAUUGUGACUUGAAAAAAUGGUGGGAGGUGGGAACAGGAAGGAUGAUUUAGUGAUAAGCAACAAUAACGUUUUUGCGGCCUUGGGAACUCUUAGGAAGAAGAAGAAGUCGGAAUCCAAAGGGGGGAAGACUCCCGCUUCUUCGUCUUCUUCUUCCAAGAAGCAGGAAGCGAAGCAGCCUGAGUCUCAGGUGUUUUGGGCCCCGGCUCCAUUGACGGCCAAAUCGUGGGCUGACGUCGACGAUGAGGAUGACGAUGAUUAUUAUGCCACCACUGCCCCUCCCCAGUCUGUUUGGGGCACUGCCCAGCAGGAUUCUCACCCCAUUCCAAAAGACAGCUCCACUCCUCUUGAGGAAAGUGAAAGUGAAGAAGGCCUUGAUGAAGUUGAUGAUGACAAUGAUGAAGAAAAUGAACAUGAACCUGAAGUACAUGCUGAGAAAGAGUCAGUAGUUGAGAAGCCUGCUGAAAUUGUAGCACCUAAGGAGUCAGAAAGGCAGUUGUCGAAGAAGGAAUUGAAGAAAAAGGAACUUGCUGAACUGGAAGAAAUGCUUGCCCAAUUUGGAUACAAGCAGCCCAAAGACCAAGAUGCAUCCCAAGAAAUUUCACAAGAUAAGAAUGUGGACGAUGUUAAUGAGGAUAAAAAGGAGAGCAGUGCUCCAGGGGAGAGCAAAAGCGCAAAGAAGAAGAAAAAGAAGGAUAAAUUGUCAAAGGAGACUAAAGAACAACAUGAUCAGCCCCAUGGAAAUGAGGUUGAAAGUGGAGCUGUUGAGAACCUUGGGUCUGUAAAAGCAGAGGACAGGCCAUCUGUAGAUGUGAAAGAGAAGAUGAAGAAGCUGGCAUCUAUUAAGAAGAAAAAGUCUAGCAAGGAGAUGGAUGUUGCUGCCCGAGCUGCAGCAAGUGAGGCUGCUGCAAGGAACGCAAGGAUAGCUGCAGCAAAGAAAAAAGAGAAGAGCCACUACAGCCAGCAGCCCCCACGGUAAACUGUUUUGGAGAUUGAAUUGAACAUGUAUUCUCUUGUUCAAUUGAAAAAUGCACAAUAAACAUGAGAAUCUGAUUACAUUGAAAGGACUCUUGACAAUUUACAGUUUUGGAUUAACUUGAGGGGAAAAUUAGGCUCAAAACUAGGUUUACUAGAUUCUCAUUUUCUGCCUUGUUGUUCCCUCACAUCACAUUCCUGCUGGUAGGUUUUUGUGUAAAUGUUUCAUGGAUAUUUACAGAUUUUGAACCUUAUGAUCUUAUCAGUUCAAGAUGGAUAUAUGGAAUUCUUUUGCUCA